AUGAGCAAAAAUGAACUAGUGAAAGUCCCGUCUAAGGUUAGAGAAGAAGAAUUAAAUGAUUUACAUGAUUGGAUAAAUAGUUUUACUUUGUCAAGAAAAAUUAAAAAUAUUAAUAGAGAUUUUUCAGAUGGAGUAUUAAUGGCAGAACUAGUUAAUAUCUGCUUACCCAAAUUUGUAGAAAUACAUAAUUAUAGUAAAGCCAAUUCUAUAAAUCAAAAAACAUAUAAUUGGAAUACUUUAAAUGAAAAAGUGUUUAAAAGAUUGUCUUUUAAAAUUGAUAAAAAAAAUGUAGAAGAAAUAGUAAAUUGCAAAUACAUGGGUGUGGAAAAAGUCCUUAUCACAUUUAAAGAUCAAUUACAAAAAUACAAAAGUGAAAUAAAAGAUCAAAAUAAUAAUUUGUUAAAUAAGGAAUUGAAUAAAUUGAUAAGUCAUGAAACGGAAAUCCCAGACGAAGAAAAUCAGAAUCUCAACGAAAGCCAGAACCCCGACCCUUUAAAUAACAACGAAAUUGUCGAGAUAUUGAGGGAAAAGAUAUUUAACCUAGAAAAGCUCUUAAAAAUUAAGGAAAAUAAAAUUGAUAUAUUAAAUAAGAAAAUUGAGGCAUUAAAUAAAAUUUAA